CAAAACCGGUCCAAGACAACUCAACCCCACAUACACCCACCCCUAUGGAUUACCCAUAGCAGGCCCGCCUGGGCUCAAGCCUAAAGCCUACAUAGCCCGGGUCAUUUCUGCUUCCUUCCUUCGUCACGAAUCGUCGUUCUCCUUCGGCGGCUGAAGUUUCUCAUUUCACCGCCAUUGUCGCCACCAUUCAGCUUCAACUUGUUCGGUACAAUUGCAGAACCAAGGAGAAAAUGACAUAUGAAAUUACAACGAGCAGUGAGAUAGAUAAUGAAUUUGACGAAUUUAACAGUUCGAAGCGACCAAAAAUGACAUCUAAAGUAUGGGAAGAAAUGCAGCGCAUUCAAACAACUGACGGUAGUAAAGUUCUAUGCAAAUACUGUGGAAAACUGUUGCAAGAUAACUGUGGAACUUCUCAUUUGAAGCGGCAUUUAGUCAUAUGCCCCAAGCGUCCGAAACCAGUGGGUGUUAUUACUCAAGAUUCAAUGUCUUCACAAUAUCUCCGAGGUACCUAUAGUACCAAAGAAUCUGGAUUAAGCAAAGCGCUUAUGGUUCGCCCAUUAAAGGUCGAACCUCAAUCCCAAGUUGUGUGUUUUUCUCAGCCUCCAAAUCAUCAAGCUUCAACUGUUACUAUUGCAUCGAUCGAUAAUGCAUCCAAUCCCAUUAGAGAACUAAAUCCCAAAACCAGUUCCACUAUAUUACUGCCUAGCAUCGAAUCUCCCCGUAAACAAGAGGAACUACCUCUGGAUGAUGUAGAAAUGAAAGCAUUUUAUGCUUCUCUCGAUGCCGAGGCCUCAUUUACGUCAACAUCCCAAGAUACUACAGUUAUUGCUGAAUCAUUCAACGCUGCGCCUUGUGAAGAAACCAGCAAAGCAUUGAAAACACUGCAAGAUCUUCUCUCCAAAGAGUUCUCAGUUUUAUUGCAGACUGAACAGUGCGGUACCAUGAAAUCUACAGUAGAAUACUUUUCCAAGUUGUCUGCAGUCAACGGAAUCUCGACGGAAAUGAGGUUGUUGAUAUUAGAAGUUUCUCGAGAAUUCACUCGCUGGAGUUGCGACUACAACGAUGCUAGUAAGAAAAUAGAGUCUGCAAACUCCAACUUUGUGAAAGCCGAUAAACUUGAAGAAAGUCUUGAAGCAAACAAGAACGAGUUCAAGGACGUUGUGUCGUUAGAAAAUGAGUUGUUCAACCAGCUGACAACUUUGGAGCAAAAAAAGAAAGAGCUAGAAGAGCAAAUAGAUGCAAUCAAAGCUAACAUAUCUGUGUUUCAAUCGGCCAAGAUCACGGCUACAAAGAGAAAAAGAGAAGUUUUCGAAGAAGCUAAGACUCUUAAAGCACAAAGAGAUGAGUUGAGGGAGCAAGUUCCUCACUUGAAGGAAGAGAGGGAAGUGGCCAAGAAAAUGCAAGAAAGUAUUCAAGUUGAAUGGUCAAAGCUAGGAGAAAAAUUUAACAAAAGCUUAAAUGGGGUAAAUUCUGAAGACUUGGAUGCUAAAUCUUCCAUUCAGACUUGUCAAUAAGAAAAUUGCAUAUAACACACUGAAAUUCAAUUUUAACUAUAUCAGAUACUUUGAUACUAAUUCCAUGAUGUGUUAGAAAGAGCUGUCAUAUUUACUGUACUGCCAUGGUGAGAAAGCAAACGUUUUAUGAAUUGAUUUUAAGCUCAUUUCCUUAGACAAAA